UGAAUGACUGAAUUAAUUAGCUAUCUUAGCUAACUGGCUCUAGUGACCGUAUGGCGCUGAAUUAACCCCAUAUCGAAAGUGAAAAAUGUUUGCAUGACUAGUUUUAAUAAGAGAGGCUGGCUUGCAAGGCUAUUCAGUUCAUUUAAAUCUAGACUUCCGCCUGAAUUCACUUAGCUAACGUUUGCUUAGCUAAAGGUAGCCAGUUAAGUAGUCUACUGCUGGCAAAGCUAACCGUUUGCCAACAAAACGCUGAACUACGUCUGGUUGUGUCUGACGUUAAUUCAAAAGAAAAACGAUCGUUUGUCUUGCGGCUUUUAUUUCAAUGGGUCGUUCUCGAAAUGUCAGAAAGUCAAACGAUACAGGAUGCAAAGUCGAUGCUGUUUUUUCCAGAAAACGAAAACGCCGCUUGGCCACACCUGUCCAGAAAAGUACUGCGAGUGUCUAUAAGAACUUUGCAGGAAGAACAAGGACAAUUGAUGUUGCUAAUAAUACAAAAAAACGAAAAGUUCGUACACCGAUGUGCGUAUCCGAGCGCCGAGGGAGCGUACGUCUCUCCCCUAUACACGAGUCCCCGUACCAACAUCACAAUGAAUCUGUCGUGUCAACCGAGAAACAAAGGGAACCGCCUCCCCCGUUGCAUUGGAAAGACAUUGCAAGCUGCAGCGAUGCAAGUUGCUCGACGAAUCGAGACGGUACAUCUGACAUGAUUAUGCCAUCCGGGGUUUCUUCCUUUCUGCUCGACUGCAUGGACUCGAGCUCGCCUGCCUCACCGGCCUGUCAGAGCUCCACCGACACCAGCUUACCGUCGCCCGAGGUUUUCCGCAGAGCAGAUGACGAGGAGGCCCUGGAGUUUUCUGCGGAGGAGCUGUUCACGCUGCGGGUGAAGAACUCCACUCUUCUGGAUGUCAGCCAUGCUGUGGACAUUGACAUGAGGCAGCCGCCUAAUCUCUCGUCCAUACUGGAGGUCACGUUGGAUGGGACGGCUGUGGAAAAAGGAUCACCUCAGACGCGCGUGAAUAUGGUGCGAGCACCAUUCAAACAACCUAGAAAGAUCACAAGGGCCAGGCCCUUGAAAUGCAGAAAAAAGGUCACUUUCCAUGAGUCUGUACUCAGACAGGAACUGCAGAAGGAGGAGGAUAGAACUGAAUCUUAUGGACUCAAAGUGGCCAAACAGGAAGUGUGUGGCAGCGCAGGUGCGGAAAAGGGGCUCGGUGUUCUGGAGAUGAGCUCUGACCUUCAGCUCAUCUCCAUGGAAGACGAAGACGACCGGUCCAGCUCCAUGACUCAGGAGUCUGAGGAUGACGAUGAUGUGGAGAGAUCCAGUUCCAUGACUCAGGAGUCUGAGGAUGACGAUGAUGGGGAGAGAUCCAGCUCCAUGACGCAGGAGUCUGAGGAUGAUGACGAUGAUGGGGAGAGAUCCAGCUCCAUGACGCAGGAGUCUGAGGAUGAUGAUGAUGAUGAUGAUGAUGGGGAGAGAUCCAGCUCCAUGACGCAGGAGUCUGAGGAUGACGAUGACGGGGAGAACUUCCGCCGUGGGGAGGAUGCACGGACGCUGUCGUGUGACGUGUGCACAGGGCUGGCGCGGUUCUUUGACUUCGCAGACCAUGAGGAAAAGGAAGCUUUUCUGCAAAGAAAGAGAGGGAAACCCCCAGCUGCGUUUCCCUCUAAGCCUCCCAUUACCAGCAAGCGCCCAGUGCCUGAUCAGCUGGGACCAGUUUAUCUGAAGUUCAAGAACUCUGAGGUACACGAUCCCAAUGAACUGCACGAGGCCUGCUGGAUUCAGUUGGUCCAGGAGGGGGAGAACUUCUUCCGCAAUUCACAUCUUAAAAAAGUUGCUUCCGAGGAGGGUGUCUUCUAUGAAGACUAUGGCAAGGUCAGACAGUUCCAUGGGCAGGUCUUUUUCCCAUUAUUAAAGGAUGCAAGCCCAGAGUAUUAAGAGGUUACUUUAAACAUUUUAAGAAUGUGUACUAUGUAUUUGAUGUUCAAAUGAAAUGUAAAAUAAAUUUGAUUAAAACUGUAUUAUAAUUAUAACUGUUGAAAAUAAAUGGUGUAUGCGUAUUGCCACAUAGUC